AUGCUGUUGUUUUUGGCUGCCAUCAUCGUCGGAGCCGUCUUGACGGAUCGGGUUCAGGGAGAGAUGAAUGCAAUCCUGGAAAGGAUGAGAGUUGCCGUUCGCCAGAUUGCUCCUGAAGGAAGGGCUCUUGAGGAACUCUUGAAGAAGGUCGACGACUGCAGGGUUUGUCUGGAGAUCUCCAAAAGCGUCAACCCGGCGAUUCUCACACAGCUAAUAAACGGCAUCAUUCCUACGACCGAAGCUUGCAUAGCAGAGACUUCCACAGUUGCUGAUUACACCGAGAGAAUAACUGCCCUGAAAGCGUGUUUUCUAGAAAAAGAAGACGUCUUUGUGAAAUCAAGCGAAAUGACAGCCGAAGACAGGGAAAAGUUUGUGGAAGCUGGGAAAUGCGUCUACGACAAACUCUUUCACCAGGAAUAGGUUUCAAACGAAU